AUGUUCGUUCGAAAGGCAGCUGCAACUGUUGCGCGCCGACAACUCUCAAUCCAUGAGUAUCUCUCCUUCAAUUUGCUGAAGGAGUAUGGCGUCAAGACUCCAGAAGGACACAUGGCGACUACCCCAGAACAGGCCUACGAAAUCGCCAAGAACUUGCCUACUCCUGACUGCGUUGUCAAGGCCCAAGUUCUUGCUGGAGGACGAGGAAAGGGAUAUUUCCGAAAGAACGGCGAGCCCGGACUCAACGGCGGUGUCAAGAUCGUCUACUCCCCCGAAGAUGCCAAGGCUUUGGCUGACCAAAUGAUUGGCGCUGAUCUUAUCACCAAGCAGACUGGCGAGCAGGGACGACCAUGCGAGAAGGUCUUCGUUGUUGAGCGACGAUACCCACGACGUGAAUACUACUUCGCCAUCACCAUGGAGCGAGGAGCCACCCGAUUCGGCCCAGUCUUGGUUGGAUCCGCUUCCGGUGGUAUGAACAUCGAGGAAGUCGCUGCUACCAACCCUGAAGCCAUCAUCAAGGAACACGUCGAUAUCGAAGCUGGUCUUCAAAUCGAACAGGCCAAGCGAUUGGCUGCCAAGAUGGGCUUCCCCGCAUACUCUCAGGACGAAGCUGCCGACUACUUCAUGAAGAUGUACAAGCUCUUCAAGGAAAAGGAUUGCUCUCUUCUCGAAAUCAACCCCCUCGCCGAAGACUCUACUGGUGAGGUCCUCGCCAUGGACGCUAAAAUCAACUUCGACUCUAACGCCGCCUACCGACAGAAGGACAUCUUCGACCUCCGAGACUGGCGACAGGAGGAUGAGCGAGAAGUCGUCGCUGCUCGAUCCGACCUCAACUACAUCGGCCUUGACGGCAACAUCGGCUGCCUCGUCAAUGGCGCCGGUCUUGCCAUGUCUACCAUGGAUAUUAUCUCCCUCCACGGCGGCUCUCCCGCUAACUUCCUCGAUGUUGGAGGCGGAGCUACCGCUGACCAGGUCAAGGAAGCCUUCCGACUGAUCACAUCCGACUCCAAGGUUGAAGCCAUCCUCGUCAACAUCUUCGGCGGUAUCAUGCGAUGCGACGUCAUUGCCCAGGGUAUCAUCGCUGCUGCCAAAGAACUCGAACUCAAAAUCCCCAUUGUCGUCCGACUCCAGGGAACUCGAGUCGAUGACGCCAAGGCUCUUAUCGGCCAGUCUGGCUUGAAGAUCCUCUCCUGCGACAGCCUCGAUGAAGCUGCCAAGAUGUCCGUCAAGAUGGCCGAGAUCGUCAACCUCACCAAGGACCAGAACUUCCGAGUCGACUUCUCCCUCCCUAUCUAA